UCAGUUAAUGCUUUCUGCACUUCAUUGCCAGCACGAUUGCCGAAUCUCCGCGAAUGAAGCCGAUCAAAUCGAAUCAGCUGUUAUACCGAGAGGAGCUUUCUCCCGUCUUGUACAGCGAGAAAUUCCUCCACAGAAUCUGCACAGGCUGGUCUUCCUAUUUAGAUUGGGUGACCGACGAGUCCUCUCAGUGAGCGAGUCCUCCGUCCACGUAGCAUCAGGAUGUAUCGUAAUUGUCUCGCUGGCAUUUGUUGCUAGUCCAUGAUAACGUGUUAUUGUUUCCAGUGGAGUAUAUUCAGCAGACACUCCGCAGCUGACAGUGUUAGGGUCUGUGGUUUCGCUAAGUAGCUUCAUUACCUGUUGCGGGUUAUGUAUGCAGGUGAGGAAACUGACGAGCGCUGGGGGAGGAUGGAGAUUCUCUGAUACCCAGUGUGCCCAUUCAUCGCCAUCGCGAAGGACGGAUUUAACAGCAUUCGCGACGUCGUGCACGGAAAUCACGGCAUUAUGAAACAUCGGAAGAUUCAAGGCAGGACGGAGGUGCUAUGGUACAGGUAGCGGUGAAGAAGGAUUGCACGGGUUUGUCACGGGUCUCCUAUCCUCGUCUUAUCGAUGCGGGGUCGGCAUUUGGGUGACACUGGACUGACUAACCAAUAUCUUGGCAAUGUCGCUGCAGCAGAUUUUUCUCGUAUAUUGUCUGCAACCUGUUCGAAUACGUGCAGGAAGCGGCGGGUAGAGACGGGUGGAGACGUCGUGGUGGGCUACACGAGAUUUGAUGGGCGAUGCCGCGCGCAGUAGUGCCCCGACCUCUCGGGAGGCAUCACUGUGGCUACCAAGAUUUCGUAAGAAGGGCGAGAAGAUCCUGCACAGUAAAUACAUCGUCAUCUUUGUCAUCAUCCUGACCAUCACCGACUGCGCCCUCGUCAUCGGGGAGCUUAUCCUAGAUCUGUACAGUGUUAAAAAGACUCUGAGGACCAAUUCCGAUCGGACUAAAGGUUUCGUGGACAACAUACGAAACAAAUACCCGAGAGAGUUUUCUCCAGGAUAUAUUGACGUGGAUGCAUUCUAUAAUAGGAUAGUAGCUGCUAGAAUUAUGUGGAGUUCAGUGGAAAACAUAACGGCCGCGGAAUACCUCAACACAGGCAAUGACUCCCACCAGACAGGGGGCGCUCGCGAACGGCGGGAAACACAAGGUGCUUAUUUCACAGAGGGAAAUUACGGGAGCUUUAAUAUAUCCAAUGACAGCGCAAUCAGUGAUCACGUGACGUCUGCUGGAUACAAGCAGCACCACGAUGAACACUCUCGGGAGACUCAGAUCGCCCAUAAACUUCAUUAUGCCAGUCUUUGUGUGCUAUCUAUUCUUCUAAUUGAGGUUUCCUUAAAAAUACUAUGCGCGGGUUCACACUUUGUAAAAAGAAAAAUAGAGGUGUUCGAUGCACUCAUCAUCCUUGCGUCCUUCAUUGUCGAUCUGGUGUUCCUCAAGGGGCUUGCAGACUUCGCUAUCGAUGACUCCAUAUUUAUACUCGCCUUCCUCCUUCCCUGGAGAGUUAUACGUGUCGUAAAUAGUCUGCUGGUAGCUGUGAUCGACCAUGAGCACGUCAAAUUACGGCUGCUGUACAGUCGGAAGAAAAAAUUGGACAAGACUGUCGAGAAUCUCCGGAACGAGGUUGACGAACUCAAGGGUCUCCUUCAAGAUGUUCGGAGUUUUUGUGUUAAAGAAGGAUUGGAGGAAUGGAAGCUUGAUAACCUCUUGGGAAGAUUCGCCCCAAGACGCCGAAAGGACUCCAAGUUCUACACACUGGUGAAGCUAGUAAUGAGCACAGCAUCAGUAGCUGAUGACAAGGACUCUGUCAGUUCCUCCUCCAUGGAGAUGGAGAUCAAUGAGUUCGCGCGUAGGAACACAGUGCUUAAUGACGAAGGUAGCACAUGCACCAGCAACGAGAACACUGUUAGCAGUAUAAACUUUCUCACUGUGCCCACCUACGAUGAUUGCCGUUCCAUGUCAGACAACGAAAGCGAUAAGGGUGACUCCUCUCGGCGAAGCUCCUUUAAUGACUUAAAUUCUGCAUCUAAGAAAAAACGAAAAAAGUCCCCGAAUCGUGUAAAUUUCAAAAUACCCUAGAAUUUAUGGGACCUCGUUUUUGUUCACAGACGAAAGAUGUGCUUUGGACUAUUUUGGUAAAAAUAUGACCUCAAGAGGGAAAAUGUUCAUUUAAGUGGAUUGUGAUGAGAUUCCGGAUUGAUCAUUCCUACGCUUAUCAAUGUGCUGCUAAAUUAGAGAUUAUUAAGCUGGAAAACAUAAUAUAUAAAAAGCUACUGAGGAAGGAAGUAAAAGAUACAUUGAGAUGAUCAUGUUGGUUUUUAAUUGGCAAUUAAAACCGAAAACAUAUCCUGUGAAAGAAAUAUUAUCACGAUGUAUGACGCCAUUAACAAUAUUUCAGCAAUUUCAUUUCAAUGAGAUUGUAAUGUUGUACCCUUGUAGGAAAUCAAACCCGGGAUUUCGGCUUGAUGAUACAACGCUUCCCCACUAGGCUACCUCACUGCCCAUUCGUGAAAAUAAAGCAUGACGCAUCUGAUACAACGGGAGAAACUAUAAUUGAAUAUGAAAAUAUGGCAAAUCACAUCAAAGUAUGCAAUGGGAUGUUAGAAGAGGAUUGGCAUGAUUUCAUGGGUUCAGAUCACAAACAACACAAUACUUUAGAUCUAUUUACAAACAAUCUACAAUUAUCAAGUAACUGCAUAUCAGCUUUCAUGAUGCUUCAUUCUGCCAUUUACAAACCACGCCAUACCAUAAAUGCGUUUUGGAUCCCAAGUUUCAGAAGGAACGCCAGAUAUAAAUCGAUUGUUGUCACACGACGUGUAAGCUGGUAGGAAAUGCCAGAGUUCUAGUAUCACGCUAAUUGGACAUUACAGACUGUGGCCAGAUUCGACACGUCCCCAUAGGUCAGCCCGAGUAGAUCAUUAGAUCGGAGGAGUAUUGGUAUGAUAAAGACGUUCGUACAAAUGGUAUGCUUGACAACAAUGCUGGAUAUCCCGUCGGAUCCUUUAUGCUUGGCGUGCUGUAAUAUUUAACGGUGGGCAGCCGUUAGGUAUCAGUAUAUCAUUACAUAUCAAUAUUUUAUUAAAUGCUUCGGAAAAAGGUUUCAUGUACAUUAUUCUUAUAUGAAUAUCACUGUUGUAAUAGCCCAACUAGAGGUUAACAUUCUUCCACUAUGUGUUGAACGCAAUCACCUUAUGCCGUAAUCCCGGUCUGACAUCAAUGAUCUUGUGCUUAUUGAUCACUUUUGUGAGCAUCGAAGUAACCACACUGUCUGCGAAUACUUCAAUCAGAAUUACCUUAAAGUGACGUUACGUCGGAGUGUUUGAUUGGUCCGACCAACCCCCGCCACUGUGAGUGUCUGUGAUUGGCUGAAGUGCCUUGCUAGAAUACCUCUGUCGGAAGCCUGGAUUCGUGGAAAUGUUGUAGAUACUCAUGCAAAAUACUUGUUCAGUCAGUUAGUUCGUACGAAUUAAACUAAUUUUGAUUUGAUUUGAACAUGUUUUAUUCACACAAUUGACCUUCUGAAAUACAAGUGAAUGAAAGUAAUGAUACCUUCUCAUAAUCGCUUCUUAGUUUCGUUUUAGUUUUUGGUUGUUAUUGUUCUUUUUAAGGUAGGUGGGGGUUGGAGGAAUGUGGAUCCGAGGCAAUGUACUGUGUUUGAGAAAUAGUUCAAUCAGGACUGUCUAACUAACUUCCGUCAACUAAAACGUUGAUUUGUUGGUCUUGUUAAUUCUGAGAAAACAUAGCUAUUUCACGCGUAGCAUUAUGAUAAUUUAUUUGUACAUUUGACCAUAUAUUAGAUUAACUACUAGACAAUUUAAACACAAACUAGCUACAGUCACAGACAGUUUAAACACAAACUAGCUACAGCUACCAGACAGUUCAAACAUAAACUAGCAACAGCUAUCAGACAGUUUAAACAUAAACUAGGUACGGUCACAGACAGAUUGUACAUAAACUAGCUACAGCAACUAGACAAUUUAAACAUAAACUAGCUACAGUCACAGACAGAUUAAACAUUAACUAGCUAUAGCAACCAGACAGUUUAAACAUUAACUUGCUACGCUCGCAGACAAAUUAAACAUUAACAAGCUACAGCUACCAGACAGUUUAAACAUAAACUUGCUACGCUCGCAGACAAAUUAAGCAUUAACUAGCUACAGUCAAUAGCCUGACUGAACAUGCAGUAGAAUCGUAAAUAUACCAAGCAACUAUGCUCACAACAUUUUAUCAAUUUUCGACUUUUCUAUUUCUCCAGCUUCUACCUUUGUCAUUAAAUCUUUCCAUUAGUAGCCCUGCAAAACGUUGGUCCAGAACAUAAACUCCCAAAUCGUUAAGACUAUGACAAUGCGCGUGUGCUGUAGCUCUCACAUGACGCCACGACGUGUGCCAGCAACAAGAACGCACAUGCCACUUGCUUCCCUUGAUGCAUAUUGAUCACGACGAUAUAUGAUAACGUAAGGUAUAUUUUUGUAAAUAAUAGGGUAAUAUAUAAUGACAAAUGUAUACGGUGUUGAUAAUCAUGCUGUUUGUAGAUAUGUACAUUGCUAUGAAAGUAUUUUCCUGAUUAUGACACGUGCUAGGCCAAAAUGGUAGCGAAUGAGUGAUAUUGUAUGCCUGUUAAAAUGUAACCUAAGGAUGGCAGUACAAAAAAACAUCGUUAUCCUCACUACCCCGGAUAUGUAGUUCUGCUCGGAUAUGCUAACGAAUAUGUUAACCGUCCCGGAUAUGCUGAAUACUGUGUCAACGAGCCUGGAUAUGCUGAUGAAAUAAUUAUGGUAUCUGUUUAUCUGAUGGUGUGCUAACUGAUCUGGUGUCCUGUUAAAUGUGUCUCCUGACCAGCAUAGCUGAUGAAUAUGGUAACACGCUAAUAUGCGGAUUCACUGGAUCGCGGAUGAAGAUGUUAACGGCUAACUGGACCAGAUAUGCUGUGACAUGAUGUUGCGGAUGACAUCACCAACAGUUUUUCUCAGCUACAGAGCGGAGGUUAUGAUAUACCAUCAGCUACUGGAAUGACAUGUGAUAGCACCAGAACUGAAUAUCCACAAGAUAUCCUCAAAGACCCAAAUGUGACGAGGAAUAUGUUUUGUUACCGUGAUAGGAUCAGUGAUAUUAUCAGUUACCUGGACAUACUGAGAUAUACCUGAAGUGAACCACACACUGUAUAUAUCAUGUUUGAUAUAUCCAAUGAACCAAUUCAGGGAAAUGAAUGAAAAGAAACAACUGUGUUGUCAGAUGUCGUGUCGUUGUUUGUACAUAUGACAAAAGAAUGUUUCAAAACUUGUUUUGUGCUGUUUGUAUAUUUCCCAAACAUAGAUGUAAAUAUUAUGUUGAUGCAAACAAAACUGGUGUAGCUAACUUAUUUCUGUUGGACAACACUCAUUUAUUGAUAUACUUCUUUUCAGGUGAGGCCACAGUGAUUAUCGUGGAAGUGAUAGAUGGAGAUCUACACUAGAGGGUUAGGUUUAGCUUAUGACGUCACAUUCACUGACCAAAACCACGUGUGUAUUACGAUCUUUUAAUUCAUAACUUACUGAAUCUUAAGAAACCUGAUUUCCUAAAGAUUAUUGAGAUUUCAAAUAAGAGCUUUGAAGUGGGAAAUCAGGUUGUUGAUGCAGUUAUGUCUGAGCAAGAGAAGGGGAGGUAGAUAAUGUAGCCUAGUGGUUAAAACGUUCGGUUAUCACGUCUAACACCUGGGUUCGAUUCCCCAUAUUGGUACAAUGUCUAGUGUCACCCGCUGUGAUAUUGCUGGAAUAUUGCUAAAGCGUGAUAACCACACUCACUCACUGAGCAAGAUAACCCCCUGAAAGUGAAAAGUAUUUGAUGAAUGAGGGAAUAGUGCCGACGAAUGGGUAACCUGGUAGUUAAAGCGUUGGCUCGUCACGCCGAAGACCCGCUGUCGAUUCCCGAAGUGGGUACAAUGUAUGAAGUCCAUUUCUGGUGUCCUCCGCCGUGAUAUUGCUGGAAUAUUGCCAAAAGCGGCGUAAAACCAAACUCACUUAUUCGCACAUAAAGGACAAGCCGAUCCGAACAGGUUUCAUUGGUGGAUACUAAGGUAUUGUUUUUAUAGAGAAAUGUGAUGUGGAAACUUUCCCACUACUUUUUCAGUCUUUUUAUCACCGUGAGUUGACGUAGGCGCUAAAGUAUUCCUGCAACAUGAAAUAAUGUUAGUUGGACACAGUCAUAAAAGGCAAUGGUAAUAUCAGUAAUUUAUGUUCACCGUGACCUACGUAAACCCUAAAAUUCGAUUCCAUUAAAGUAUUGUUUGAUUAACUAAUUCAUUCUUACACUCCUAUACAGGUUGUAAGUCCUUUCAGUUGUGUUACUAUAUAUAGUGACACCACGUGGUCCAUGUUACAGCCAUGCAUUGGUCAACAGUGAUGUCAUGUCAGGGUGAGCCUCGUUUUCGUGUAUACGAAAACGAGGCUCGGAUAAUGUCUGUGAUGAAUCUAUAGUUAUUUCAAUGUAUUAUACGAGUAGUAAUAUUCAGUUGGUCAGUUGUGCAAGCCCUUGUUAUCAAGUGUAUUUGAUCAGCACUAUGUGUGUCUGGUUAUUGUUGAAUGCAAAUGAGACAUAUUUUUUCAUAUAUGUUGAUGUAGAAUACCUUACAAUGGUACUGUUUGGCUACAACUGUUCGACCAAAGCUAUAUGCGUGAUGAAGUGAAGAGAACCGUCAUGUUUACUGCUGUAAUAGACAACAGCGUGCAACAUUAUAUAUUCAUAACAGAUCAAAUACACGUCAAAGUGUAUUUCAUUUCUGUGUUUUUAUGUUUUUGAUCAUCAGAACAAUCAUUUUAUGGUAGUAUGAUAAUUAAGGUAAGUUGAACGUUGUUUACUUCAUGUAUUUUGGUGGCCAUUUAUGGAAUGUAUUUCUGAGGAAUUCUUGUAACAAAACUGUUUGGUCAGACUAGUGCCACGACAGUGCCAUUGCUGUUAUACAUAUAUUAGAUAUAUUAACUGUGUUGAUUUUACUUUGUUUAUGAGGUUUGAUCACAGUUGAAACAUCUGUCGUUGCAAUAAAAUGGAAACAAUUA